ACUGCUUAACUGACUCAUCGGAUCAAAGGAUUUCAGUAACAAUCUGCACAGCUUCAAACUUUAGAAGCACAACGGGGAAGAUGCAGAUUUCUGCUUGGCGGACACAGAUUUCCCCAGUACAAACACAGGUCAGACUCUGUGUUACGUGAAAGAAAAAGGCUAAAAGUGAAACCACUUGCAUACUAAACAAACAUGAGCGUGAGCAGGGAAACGAAGACCAGCAUAUCCGCACGCAGGGGCAGCUGUGACGGAACGCGGGCUGGACAACUGCUCCGGUCACUCCGACGCCCCGAGCGCGCGGGACUCGCGCGGCUGCGCCGAGAGAAAGUUUGCGGGAGGCGGCGGCUGCACGCGGCCCGGGAGCUCCGGCCGCGCGGGGGGCAGCGGGCUCUCACCUUGCUUCCGGACGGGCAUGGUGCUCCCCCGCAGCCGCCGCCGCCACGCGCCCGAAGCCGAAGGGACCCCGGCCGCUCGGCUCGGGCAGGGCGCGCACGGCCGCCGCCCUCCCCGACGUUGCGCGGGGCAAGGACCGGCAGCCAGAGCCCGACAGCGCGGGAUAGGGCUGCGGCGGGGCGGCCCGCGCUCCGCCCGGUCCCGUCGGAGCCUUUCCCCGCACUCGCGGGCGGGACGAGACGAGACCGGACCCCGGAGCGGAGCCGAGCCGGGACAGGGCAGCCCCCUCGGAGCUCUGGCGGGCGGCGGCGGCGGCGGCUACGCGCUCGGAGGCCCCCGGGGCAGAAGGGGCCCGAGACUCCCGCGCGGCGGGGGCUGCUCUCUCGCGCGCGCUCCCGCCCAGCGCCGCCUCGCUCCGCUGGAAAUUCCAAACUUUCCAGCCAAAAUGGCGGCCUGGAGGCUGUGGAGACGCUCGCAGCCGCCACGUGACCGGGCCCGGCGGCCGCCCAAUCAGCAGUCGGCUCGGCUCGGGGCUGGUACCUAAAGGGGGAGGCAAGUUUUUCAACGUCCUUUCACAGUGUGGACAUCAGAAAUGGACGCAGUAUUCUAGAAAUGGUCUCACCAAUGAUGUACAGAGAUGAAAUAUCACAUGAUAGAAAAACCAUGACCAUCAGACAGAAUACAAAAUGAAGUUGACUUACAACCUCGUGUGAAAACUUAGCAACUGCUCUGUAGGUCUUCACAUUAAUAAUCAAUUACAUAAAUACAAAAUAAGAAAACUGUCUAGGGAGGAGUACUACAGAAAAGAAUCUAGGAGACAGUGGAUCACCAACUAAAUAUGAAUCAACAAUGUAAUAUUGUUGCAAAAAAAGGCAAACAUCAUCCUGGGAUGUAUUAGCGGGAGUGUUGUAAGCAAGACAUGAAGUAAUUCUUCCACUCUACUCAGCACUCAUAAGUCCUCAACUGGAAUAUUGUGUCCAGUUCUGGGCACUACACUUUGGGAAAGAUGUGGACAAAUUGGAGAAAAUCUAGAAGAGAGCAACAAAAAUGAUUAAAGGUCUAGAAUGCAUGACCUACUAAGAAAGUAUGAAAAAAAUUGGGUGUAUUUAGUCUGGAGAAGAGAAGACCGAGGGGGGACAUGAUAACAGUCUUUAAGUAUGUAAAAAGUAGUUAUAAAGAGGAGAGUGAUAAAUUUUUCUCUUUAACCACUGAGCACAGGACAAGAAGUAAGACUGCAAUCAUUUAACAUUUGCCCACAGUUACCACCCAGGAGUACCUAAGAUACUGCACCCAUUCCAGAGGUUUUCAGAUUAUGGCCCAGGGAGCAUUUGUUGGUGGUGUGUGGAGAGCUGGUUGGUCAAAUGGUUCUGGCUGCUCCUCAUUAUUUCUGGCUUAUAAAUAGCAGUAAAAGAUGCUAAAAAUACAUUAGUUUCCUAAUAUAACUUUAUCAUGUAAGCAUUUUUCAGUAUUUGCCAAGGUGAUGUUAUAUAAUCAGACAUGGGAAGAGGUUGUGACAGAUAUGGAAAUUUCCUGCAAUAUUCUUGAAAGACUGUAUUGUAUUAAGUGUAUGUAUUAUUGUGGUUUGGGAUUGUAUGUAGCCUUUCUAGGAGGGAAGAUGUGACAGAUACUGCAAUGGGGUCCAUUGUUUUAAAUGAAUGGUUUAUGUAUGAUUGUGUUCUACGCCAUGGCGGAGGGCUACCACAGCUCUUCCAGGAACUAAAAACAGCAGGUGGUGACUAAGGUAAAUCAGGCAGGUUGUAACUGCUUUCCCGUCACCCCACACAGAGGUAUCAGCUUCUGGAGAUGCUUGUAUGUAUUAACUCAACUGGAUUCUCCAGAGACCAACGGACAAAGAAAGGACUUUUGGAUAAAUAGCCUGAGUUUAAACUGACUCAGGGCUUUCGUUCUGCCCAAGGCAGGGAGCCCAAUCCUUGCAGAAGGAUUGGAAGGACUGACAGCUAUCAGAGUGCAAUGUUGGAGUUGGGGGUGACUCUGGUAAGCUUUUUAACAUGUGUUUAGUAUGUGUGUUUUAUUGUUUUUAAUAUGUUGCUCUGUAAUAAUUUCACAUUAAGAAAAAAUGUACUUGCUUAAAAAGAGCCAUAUGGUAAUUUAUAACUGCAGGACAUAACGCUGUUAAUAGCCUCUGGAGAGAAAGCAAAGUGCAAUGCUUUUAGGCAGACUGGCUUACUAUAGAUAACACAGAGUAGGCAGGAGACAGUGCAGCUGGUGAAAACCCUGGUCAUGAGGGAAAGAGAUGCAGGUCUCUGCCCAAGAGAGGUGAUGGCUGAGGAGCAGGGAACCUGCAGUAGGUGCUGUUGGUGGACCAGGAGGGAGGAAUAUAGAUGCAGUUGCCCUGAACUGUGUCAGAGAUAACCUGCCCAAUUGUGAAUGGGAAGGCAGGUGGCCUGAGUGAUAGUGAAUGCUGGGAAGUACUCAUGAGACAAUAUAUACAUUUUAUACAUAUACAUUUUAUAAUGUGUUCUGUGCUAAAGAAGCUUAAAAAUCAUUGUCCCCUACUAAGCAUAAGAAAUAACUAUGGCUUCUCAGAUACCAGUGUCUGGUAACUGUGCAAAUGUUGACUUCUUAAUGGUGAUCACUGUUUGAUUAUUGAAACUGAAAGAACUUUUUAAACCUAAUUCACCGUCAUUAUGUUUGGCUUUUGUUAAUUUUUGCAGUUCACAAAGCUUGUGUAAGCAAAAUGCACUGAUCAGUUUCACAUUUAUUUUUAGUCACUUUCUGGCUCUCAUGCAUGAGCACAAUCAUUUAAUUCUUGG